CUAAAAUAAGCACCCUUGGUCUAAUUAAUUAUUUUCUCGAAGCCCACAACUAUUCUUGGCAUAAUCCAUAUUCAAACAUCAAAAUUCAUUACAAUCUCUGCAGAAAAUAUUGUUUUAGAGACAGAAUACAAGAACCCAUUUUGUCUUUUGAUGAUAGAAAUUCAUACAUAAGAGAAGAAUUUAGAGCAAUAAUGGGGGUGGAUUAUUAUGGAAUAUUAAAGGUGGAGAAAACUGCAACAGAAGAUGAUCUCAAAAAAGCUUAUAGAAGAUUGGCUAUGAAAUGGCAUCCAGACAAAAAUCCCACCAAAAAGAAUGAAGCUGAGACCAAAUUUAAGCAAAUUUCUGAGGCCUAUGAAGUUUUGAGUGAUCCACAAAGAAGACAAACCUAUGAUCAAUAUGGCGAAGAAGGUCUAAAAGACAUGCCACCUCCUGGCUCUAACGAAAGCGAAAAUGGAUUCAAUCCUCGAAAUGCAGAGGAUAUUUUUGCUGAAUUCUUUGGAAGUAGCCCUUUUGGAUUUGGAUCAUCAUCCGGAGCUACGAGGUCGAUGAGGUUCUCUUCCGAUCGAGGAGGGCCAUUUGGUGGAUUCGGCACGACUAGUCAUGUCUUUAGAAAUUACAGUGAUGGAACUGGCGCAAGCAUGCCUAAGAAACCACCACCGGUCGAGAGUAAAUUGCCUUGCAGCCUCGAGGAGUUGUACGCUGGAUCGACUAGAAAAAUGAAGAUAUCAAGACAAGUCGUGGAUGCAAACGGACGACUGGUGCCAGAGACGGAGAUAUUAACCAUCGAUGUAAAGCCGGGGUGGAAGAAGGGAACUAAGAUAACUUUCCCCGACAAAGGGAACGAGCAACUAAACCAGCUCGCUGCGGAUCUCGUGUUCGUAAUUGACGAGAAGCCGCAUAAUGUUUUCACGAGAGACGGAAAUGACCUCAUUAUGAACUAUAAGGUGACAUUAGCAGAAGCACUUGGAGGGAUGACUGUGAACAUCAUGACGCUAGAUAAUCGUGAAUUGUCAAUCCCGGUGAACAAUAUCGUGAGCCCAGGUUACGAGCUAGUGGUUUCCCAAGAAGGUAUGCCGAUCACCAAAGAGCCGGGGAACCGAGGUGAUUUGAAGAUCAGAUUUGAAGUUAAGUUCCCUACGAGAUUGACACCCGAGCAACGAGCUGCUCUUAAGCGUUCUUUAGGAGGUUGAUAAUACAAUUUUCGUAAUCCUCCAUUCCUACUGUCGUAUUUUCUUUUCUUUCUUUCUUUCUUUUUUCGAGUCUUUCGACUCUUUUGCAUCCUUGCCACUGUUUGUGUAAAUCCGUCUUGACUAUCAGCAGCUAAAGAGAUGAUUUAUCCAUUGAAAAAAGUGUUUAUAUUCA